GGUAAAAACGAUUUCGCAAUCCUGCCAGGCACGGCUCAGUGUACCAAACAAUAACAGCUCCGCUGAUGUCUCUGUCCCGUCAACUAGAGCGGCUACGAAUUUACUCACGGUUUUAGUGGAUGACUGAACCCAGGAUCUGAACCUCGAUCAGAUCACACAGUUGCAUUAGUUGCAUUCUGCAACAGCCAGCCAUUUAAUUUAGUUAAGUGUCCGGUAUUAAAGAGCACCAGCAAGGCCGACAGUGAAGGUCGGUGCAGGUGUGUGAGCGAGAGAGAGAAAAACACAGUGGACAGUGGAGCCAAAUGAGCAAGCAGUCGCAGCAGAAACUAAAUAAAACAGAUCAGAACGGAGUGAGUGUGAUACAGACCCAAGCUCAUAGCAGUACGCCUAACUCCGCAGGAGCUGCAGCAGAACUACAGCAGGUUCCUCAGUUAGUCCCCGUCAGUUCUGGAGGAGGCGGCAAGGCCACACCCCCCAGCAAGAUGAAGAAGCCAAUUCUAGACAAAGAAAGUGAUGAGUACCGACAGCGGCGGGAGCGCAACAACCUGGCUGUGAAGAAGAGCCGCAUGCGCAGCAAGCAGAAGGCUCAGGACACACAGCAGCGCGUCAACGAGCUGAAGGAGGAGAAUGAGAGACUGGAAGCCAAGAUUAAGCUUCUCAGCAAAGAACUGAGCGUGCUCAAAGACCUGUUCCUGGAGCACGCCCACAACCUGGCGGAUAACGUGCAGCCACCCGCUGCGGCGGUUACCCCUGGAGACCUCUGCAACAACAACAAUAGUGGCAACAACAACAACAGCCAGUGAGAAUCAGUCAUUUUGGGCGCAUUUCCUUUACUGUGCGUCACACGGCGACUAUCAUCUUUAUUACCACCCCACCCUCGACCCAACCCCACUCCCUGUUUCGGUUUGGAGUUUUUGUUUGAACUCCAAAACUUUAAGAAUUGAAUGAACUGAAAAUUCUUUAGCCCAUUUACAGUUCAAAAAAAUGAAGCUUUCUAUUUCCUCAUUCCUGCUUCUCUUCCACUUGAGAAAGAAAUUACAGCUGUAUUAUUAAAACGUUCAAUCUAAAGUCUAAUAUGGAAUGGUCCAUACACUUUAGAAAAUAGAAGGAAUCCAAAUAACGUAACCAUGCAACACUGAUGAUGCUUUCAAAAAAAAAAAAAAGAAGAAGAAGUUGAUUGGUCUCUCCCUGCAGCACGGAUUUCCCAUGUGGAACAGAUCAGGGGCUUUAUUUCAUUUGGACUGGAACCGGGCAUUUCUUUCUGUUCCUGGGUUGUGUAUGAUCUGUCACUACUUUGUUGUCUUUUAUACACUCGAGAUUCUGUUUUCGUUCUGACGUGUUGUGUAAAUAAGUACGGAGUGAACGUCGAGAAGCAUUAACAAUGCUUAAAAAUUGCCUUGGGGGAGGAUUUUUCUGUUUGAAAGUUAGUUAAAGGAUCAUAGUAAAUCAGCUGCCAACAUGAGAAUGAGUCACUAACCCCACGUUUGUUGUUGUUUUUUAAAGCAGCUUUACAGAAGUGUUGCCGCAGGCCUAGCUCUUGAUCAGCCUUUGGCAGGCUGUCAGAUUCAUCAGAAAUGCCACAAACAUGUUUGCACGGAUUGUUCUUAAUGCUAUACAAGACUUAAAUCAGACAGAAACUGACGAUCGGGCCGGAUCAAGUGUUUGCAGAUCAAAUCUUUAAAAGUUUUCUUUUGAAAUUCUUUUUUCGGAGAUCUGUAGCUGUGUUUGUAUGGCUACAAAUAUAUCCUUGGGCUUUUAAUCUUGGGCUGGUUGUAUGUGCUAUAGACAUACCUAGUCUGAGCCUUUAGGAAAUUUGUGUAUAAAAAAAAAAUAUAUAUAUAUAGUAUUUUUAAUUAAAAAAAAAAAAAUGCUGGAUGUUUUAGAAGUUGAGACGCACAUGAUUAAUUUUAGCCACGCAAACUUUAGAAGCAAAACAUUAUGUACACAUACAUGGUGACUUUUGACCCAUAAAGCUCAUUUAUACUAAUUAAUGCAUCCCUUUCUAACAAUGUAAUGGUCAUUACCCACUACUACUAUCUAUUAGGGGACUGUUCAGAGCCAAACGUGUCUGACAAGAACAAAUAUGGCGAUGAUGGCAGAGGUCAUAGUGAUGUAUUUACUUAAAAAUAUAUAUAUAUAUAUAUAUAUAUAAAAAGCAGCAGUGUAAAUUGUGUAAAAGUUCCCUUUUUUGUACAAAAUGUUCGUACAAUUUCCUAAAAAUUGUCUUUUCUGUCUUUUCACAGACAGAAGAAAGCUUAAUCUGUUUUUUUUGUUUUGUUUUUUUGAGCAAAGUGAGCCUUUAAAAAGUAUAUCGAUGCUAGUUUCAGCGAUUACAAAGGCUCUAGACGUUUAUAAAAAUGAAUUUACUGGUAAUCACGUCUUGCUUGUAGCUUUGAGAUCAGAAUUAAAAGGAAUAAUGUCAAUAUUUUACAAGAAUAGCCAUCCAAUAGUCAAAGUUCCAGUAAAAAACAAUAUUUUGUCAUGGCUUGAACUUUACAUUUUGACACAAGUUUUUAAAAUGCACACUCUAAACAGAAAUAAACCGUGUACAUCCAAUGAUAUGAUGUAACUCACUAUGUGAUCAAUUCAAAUAUAAAAAAAUUAAAAAAAAUUAAUUUAAAUUUAAAAUGACAGGUUAUUGAUUGUUAGGUCCCCCCCAAAAAAUGACAAAUAUUGUAUAUCGCAAUAAUUUCUGGGGUGAUGCAUCGUCUUUAUCAUGACAGGCCUAUUUAUUGACUUCUAAAGCUCUGAGUUUCUCAAAAGGCAAGUUCAGAAGAACUUCUGCCUAUACGUAGCCGUAUUGCAUCACAGAUCGUCUUCAGUGAGUUCAAAAAGAGACCUAAAAAAGGAAAAGAACCUAUAUCAAAGACCCCCCUGUGUUGAAAAGUAGUUUUUGUAUUUGGUCUGGCUCUAUGCUAAAGUCCACAGCGUUGGAAGGUCCCUAGCAGAUGUGUUGUGUCGGUCCCUGAACGGAGCAGCCAGACACCCUGGACAGUCUAAGACCUGUUGCAUCAGAUGGAACGCCAGACAGUGCUGGCGUUAACAAAAGCCGUUAAAUUGCAGUUAAGCCUCAAACUCUUCUUACAAAACUAGCGUAGACGUAGACAGACGGCACAAGACGGCGCGAGGGAUGGGACUGGACGGGAUGGGAUGGGAUGGUCUUGUGUCUGGGGUGUUGGUUGCUAAAACAACUAACUCAAGCUGAUUUCAUCACCUCAGCAGCACACCGCUGGCCUUGUCUCUCUCUGCAUGUGUGUGUGUUUGUUUGUGUGUGCAUACGAAUGUGUGUGUGUGUGUGUGUGUGUGUGUGUAUUAGUAAGUCUCAGUAGGUAAAGAAGAAGGCUCAGACACUGGGGGCGGAUUUUGGCUGACUCAUUGAUUAGGCUUCCAAGGAAUUUUCAAUGUAAAGUCCCGAUGAUCUCUCUGUACACACAGUAGCGCUUUUCUGACAGCAUGAGUAAGUUAAAAAAGAAAAGGAAAAAAAAUAGCCAUUCAUAAUAUUAUUCAUUUGUUCAUCAUCUCUCCAUUCUCCCUCCGUUCUCUGUUUUCAGACUUUCAUUUAUUCAUCAUAUGACUUGUAUGACUUUGUGUUUGUAUGUGUGUGUGUGGUGUUAUUUUGGCAGAAGGUUGGUCAGUCAGUUCCCCAGUUAGCAGUUCCCCAACAGCCACCGCACUCUUUUUAGCCUUUGUGGAUGGACGUUUUUGUACCUCAGGCUACGUGGAAGAGCCUCACCAGACAGAGCCUUUAGUUUCUAUGGACACCUGUUUGAGAAUAAAAAGAUAUAAACAUUAAAAAAAUAGAAGAAAUAAAGAAUUAGACAAGACGAUAGAUAGAUAGUAAGAUCUCUAAAGCGUCUAUUUCUCCAAUUCUUUUGUAUAUUUCAUUUUCUAUAACAGGUUUAAAAACAAGGUUUGAGAACAAGCAUGAAAGUUAAUGCAUGGUUAGCACUGUAUUGGGGGGAAAUGCACUACUUAGGCUUUAUACAAUGGGGCAUAUUUAGGUUGGUUUAGAAUAAAAUAAACAAUUAAAUUAUAUUCAGAAAAACAAAAAAAAAAUAAAACUGAAAAAGAAUGACUGUGUUCCACACAUUUGAUUGGCAUCUUUUGCUGAAGUAUGAGCGUUGCUGGGCAACUUGCUUUUUUUCUCUUUUUUUUUUUUUAACAAGAUGGGGUUAUUGUGCAUUGUAAAUUAAAAUUGAAUAUAAAAUGUAAA